AAAAAGUGUCUACACGUCCAGCAGUAUUAAUACAUCCUGUCAUUUGUUUUAUCUGUCUUGCUGGCAUUCUGGCACCUUUAAAAAUCUAUACAGAGCACUUCAUAAAGGAACGUUUUGUGACGGCUAAUAACCAUGCAUUAUCAUUUUUAGCAUUAAUUGUGUUUUAUCUAGCCCCAGGUUUUGUUUAUGUGGUUUAAAGCUAUUUUCCUUCAAAUAUUCCUAACAUUGUAUCAAAAGCGUGUUGAAUUUUAUAUUAGUAAACCACAGAGAAAACAAGCCCUGUAGGAUAAAAAUCAUAUCCCAGAAUCCAGUGUUUGUAAUGUCAGGGUUUAUCCAAACGAACUCUAGCUUCCUGUGAGCGAGAGGAUGAAGGGAGGGAAGGAAACAACAAAAGAGUGAAACAGGCAGAGAGAGACAGAAAAAGAGACAUGCAACAUAGACCAGGUGGACAGACUCUUCUUUUUGCCUCUGAAAGGGGAAGAUGUUCAGCAUGUUUGUAGCGCAUGGGAUUGGUUUUUCAUCAUUUACGUUUCUUUAAGAGGUUUAGGGGGCAUUUUAGGCUCUAAUUUGAGUGUCCUUUGUUACAACGCUUCUGUUUCACACUCCACAGAUCCAGAUUCUCAUCUGUCUUCAUGUGCAGACCCAGCCCUCAAGUCACAGAGAUGACCCUUACGGAGGGUUCACUGAAUCUGAACCUCACACCAACAUCAAUUCCUCCCCUAACAACCAAUACUUCUCCACCAUACCGUGAACCUUAUUUACACAGACUGGCCCACUUGGACGAGGGUCUAUAUAAUGACUUUUACAGCCUGUGGAUAGCCCUUGUGGUCAUCAACGCCCUAAUCUUUAUGGUGGGGAUGACCCUUAACAGCCUGGCUUUGUACGUCUUCUGCUUCAGGACAAAGCCGAAGACCACGUCGGUCAUCUACACCAUUAACCUGGUGGUGACUGACCUGUUGGUUAACCUCUCUCUUCCCACUCGUAUCGUAUUGUACUACAGCGGAGGAAAAUGCCUCAUCUGUUCCUACAUGCACAUAUUCAGCUACUUCGUCAACAUGUACUGCAGCAUCCUCUUCCUCACCAGCAUCUGCGUGGAUCGCUACCUGGCCAUCGUUCAGGCCGAGGCCUCGAGGAAGUGGAGGAACCCCGGUGUGGCAAAAGCGGUGUGCGCCUGCAUCUGGCUGUUCGCCAUCAUCGUGACCUACUCGCUGCUCACCACAGCCUUCAAGCACUCAGGCUGCUGCCUUUCCAAACUCUUCGCGCUGACUGUUUUUGAGUUCUUCCUACCAAUGGUGAUCAUCGUAGCAUUUACUGUUCGGAUCAUGUGCGCCCUUUCCAGCCCGGGCCUCAUGCAGCAGAGCCGAGACAGACGCAUGAAAGCCGUACAGCUGCUGUCCACCGUUCUGGUGAUCUUCACAGUCUGCUUCACGCCGUUUCACGUCCGUCAAGUUCUGUUUUACUUCCAUCCUGAUUUGCCUCAUCAUGUGAUCGUGUACCAUGUGACCGUCACCCUCAGCAGCCUGAACAGCUGCUUGGAUCCUGUGGUCUACUGUUUCGUCACCACUAACUUUCAGUCUACCAUGAAGAGAUUUUUCAGGAAGAUGGAAAGAGAGCAGACGAGCGGGGACAUUAUCAGCGUGCAGAAGAGCUCGAAGGCUUCGGGCACAGUGAUUGCUAUAGCUAAUAGUAUAAGGAUAAGCAUGAGCCCCGUCCAGCAGGGAAGCCGACCCGCAUGAGGAAGCCCUCAUUCAGAUGGUUGCCAUUACCGUGUCAUACCAAAGCAAAAUCAGUAACAUAAAUGAACGUUUGUGACUUUGUUUCGAUGUGUACUGUAAAUACUUUGAUGUAGAGAUAUCUUUUCAAACGUGAUGCUGUAACUAUUACAAUUACGCGCCAAAUGCCACCGUAAUAUGCUACAGCAUUUUUAAGCUUGCAGUGCUUUAAAGCAGUGGUUUUCAAAAACAAUUAUGCCCUCUUUGAGGCAGAUGUAUCUGUAGUGUGCGUAUCAAGACGCAUAAAGACUUAUAUAAUGUCAAUGUACUGAAGCCAAAACAAAUUAUUAAAACUUUGGAAUAUAUUUGCUUUUGUAUCUACUGUAUAUUUUUUCUACCAACAUUUAGAGUUAAACUAGAUGUACAUUAUUAUUUAAAA